UAUCAACUAAAGGCAUUGGUCAAUUGUAGAGGUUUUAAAGGAAGCCUUCACAACAAUGUCAUUCGAAAAUUAUACAUUGCGGAACUAUUGAGUUAUCCUGUAUUUGAUGAGUACCGAAAGUAUGGCGGAUGGCUUAGGUCAGGUGUUUGAAAGAAAGUUCGGAGUUCGCGAUGAUGAAACAAAAAUAAUUCGAGUAUAUCGUGUCCACAAAAAUAAAGAAGAAGCUUUGCUGAAGUUAAAUCACCCAAACAUCAUCAAACUUCUCCAAUGUGGAAGUGACGAUGAGUAUAUGUACUAUGGAUUGGACCCAUGUUUGGUCACCUUAGAUCAACUAUUCUUGAAGUCGAAUGAUGCAAGAAAAUACAAGCCACAUCAUAUCGAUGGUUUGCUUCAAUUAGCUUCUGGUCUCGGAUACCUCCAUUCAAAUAAUUUAGUUCACGGAGACAUCAUACCAGAAAAUGUCGUGAUAGUGGUGGAAUCUGCUAACCAAGAUGAGGUUACCCUCAAAUGGACAAAUUUUGGGCUGAUCAGAAGUAUCAGUGAAGCAAAGCAAAACAGUCCCAUCAGAAGAAAUAGGGCAUGGUUAGCACCCGAGUUGCUUCAAUUGACAAGACAUGAAGGAAAUGUAGAUGAAAUCAGUUAUCCAGUAAGCGUCAUGAGCGACGUUUUUGCACUGGGACUUGUUUUCGGUAGUCUAUUCUUGAACGGCGAACAUCUCUACGGUUCCACCGAAAAUGAAAUUGCCGACAACAUAGUUAAAGGAAAUCCCAUCAACAUGCAAAAAAUGGAUGGCAAAUUAUGCGGCUGUUACGGGAAUGAGCUAUUGGCACAAAUGUUGAGAAACGACCCCAAUGAAAGAAUAACAUCAAAAGAAGUAGUCGUUCAAUUACACUCGAUCAAGAAUAAGCUCAUUGGAAAAGAAAAAGAAUUGCUUGAAUUGUGUGGGCAUGAUUCGCGAUUGGAUUUAACGGGAAAAAUAAAAGAAUUAAUUCAGUUCGGAAUUAACCUGAACGCAAAGGACAAAGAAGGAAGGAAUGCGCUUCACCUUUUGUGUCGGUACUAUUUAAACCCUAAAUUAACCAACGCAAUUCAACUUGUAAUCGAAAGCGGGAUAGACUUGAAUGCAAAGGACAAUAAUGGAAUGAAUGCCAUUCAUUAUUUGUGUCGAUACAAUUCAAGCCAAUACUUAUUCGACGCUAUUCAAAUUUUGAUUCAAUCCGGAAUCGACGUGAAGGCAAAAACUAACGAUGGAUCAAAUGCGCUCCAUUAUUUGUGUCGAGACAAUUCUAGCCUAAAUUUAUCCAAAGCAGCUAGGAUUUUGGCUGCAUUAGGAGUGGAUCCGCUGGCAAAGGACAAACAUGGAUGGACUGUGUUGGAUUAUUGGUGUAAUAACGAGAAGAAGGAAUUGAAAAUUUGGAUCGAUCGCGCUGUUCCUCUAAUAGGGGAAGGUUACUUUGGCGCGGUAUUUAAAGGGAAAUUCGAAGGUCGCGAAGUUGCAGUAAAAAGAGUUGAAAUACGUCAUGUGAAGAAAAUAGAAGAAGAAGCUUUGCUAAAGUUAGAUCAUCCAAACAUCGUCAAACUUUUUCACUGUGAAGAGGACGCUGACUUUAUGUACUACGCAUUGGAAUUAUGUGACGCUGCUUUAUAUCAACUGUUUCUCAAUUCGGAUGAUCCCAAAAAAUACAACGGACGUAUGCCACGUCAAAUUGAAGUUUUCCAUCAAUUAGCUACAGGCCUGACAUACAUCCAUUCAAUGAAAUUAAUUCAUCGAGACAUUAAACCGAGCAAAAUCCUCAUCAAGCAAAAGCCUGGAGAAGAUGAAUCAAUAAUAAUGAAAUGGUCUGGUUUUGACGUAGCCAAAUCCGUAAACGAAAAGGGAUAUCAUUCGUGGACUGGAGUGAUAGGAACCAGAAAAUGGUACGCACCCGAAGUGCUGGAAAAGCUCAUCAAAGGAAAAAAAUCGGACAACGAAGAGUUUUGGGGAACCGUCAAGAGCGAUGUGUUUUGUCUCGGCCUCAUCUUCGCUUAUAUUUUGUUGGAGGGAGAACAUCUAUUCGGUUCAAGUGAAUAUAAAAUUCACCAGAACAUAAUUAGAAACGAUCCGGUGAAUAUGAAGAAUAUUGAUGCCGAAGUGCGCAAAUAUUAUGCGGAUGACUUACUAACGAAAAUGUUGGAAUACGAUCCGGAAAAAAGAAUUAGUUCGGCAGAAGUCGUCCAACAACUGGAAUCCAUCAAGAAAAAGGUAAUAUUAUUUUUUUUUAAGUUAGAGAGUAGCAACUUUGGCAAUCGAAUAUUUUUUAAAUGA